UCGGUCUCGUCUUGCCCUAAAAAUCAAGGCUGCUUACACCUAAAUAGAUUGUUAAAUCCCACGUACCGUAUGAGGAACAGCAUUUUUCUUCUUUCACUAAGUUUCUCGCUAAUUAUGGUUACAGGAAUAUAUCAUGUCUGUUCAGGUUGAGAAACCUCAGCUACAAACUCUGCUUCGCGAGAGAGUGUUUGUAGCAUGGGUGAAUUCAGCAGGAAAGCCUUUGACGCUGGGUUCUUGUUUGCAUCGUAACAAGCAGCGUCCUGAGUUUUAUAUGGAAGCAGGUUAUGAUAUGGAAGGACAUGUUCAUAUUCACUUUUCUCUCAUGGCGACUGUCAUGGUUGCCGGCGAAAGUCAACCACUGGAGAUGUUGUUCGUUGUUCCGCCAAACGCCAAUUUCGCAAAUGCCCCUAUGCCUCUAUCAAAACUGGACGCCGACGAUACACCACUCCCCAGCGACUCAUUUUUUCCCGACGCCUCUGCACUUCACGAAGCCGGCAUAAGCGAAUCGGCGCAUGUCAUCCUCGUGCCGUUCAACCUCACAGCGAAAGGAUUCGUCAUUAUGAAGAACACUUCUGCGACCGUUAGGCCCAGCAGCCACACUUCAAACCAAUUGAUUCGUAACCUUGAAUCUCUAUCUGAUAUGUCUCUCUUCAGCGUAUACAUUAGGCCGAGUGAUUACGCGCGGGAGGGUCUGAAAGAAAUUUGCAAGCGUUUAAGCAACACUGGUGUUGCCACACACAAAACUGACAUGAAGGAAAUGUACAUUCAACACGGGGGUAUGGUAGUGGAGUGGACUAAAUUUAGGUAUCGUCCUCGACAAGAAAGGCAACCGCCACCAUAUACCGGUAAUCCUGCUCUGCCAACACCGGAAGUGCAAGUUCCUCGGUCACCACCGAUCACACUCGAAAGGGAAGUGCUACCCGCCAAUACCAUCGAAGAGGUGAUUGCAGAGACACCAACCCGGUCUCCAGUUGACCCGAAUCCUGCACCGGUAUUACAUGGCAUUUUCUCUUCCAGUGCUGAGGUGCCAUCGGGCGACGAAGUGGAAGUGGGCGGUGUCGAGGAGGACUCGAUAUCCAUCGAAGGAGAGUUCGACGUGGACUCAGCCGAAGAAUAUCUCGCCAACUUGAGACCUCGAGAACUAAGUCAGCAAUCCAAAGACGACUUGGCAGUUCCAAAGAUACUUGAGUCGAAGCUUGUGGAGUGGCUAAACGGUGCUAUAACGAUAAGCCCAAUUGUUCACAAACACAAACGUUUAAUCACUAAGUUAUCAACUCUUGGUUAUUGUAUCCGUACAUCGAAUAUUAAAUUAUUUGAUGCUACAAUACCAUGGUGUUCUGCCUUAUUGUUCUAUGAUCCGCUCGAUUCCAACAAAGCUUUUGAAUCACAGGAGGAGAAAAACCGAUGGUUUAUUUCCGAUAUGGCCGAGCUAAUUAAAUGGGCUAACACAUUUCGCUAUGGUGUCGAGAUCAGCUCGCUAUUAAUCAAUGAUUUCGUGAAGCUAGGUAGUGCUGCUCGCAAACUUGCCCUGCGCCCUGGAUAUGAUAAAGCCGAGUACAACCAUCAGAAAUGUAUGUGCAUUACUCGUGUAUUGGUUCAAUUUGGAAAGAUUGGAAACAUUAGUGGGGAGAGUAUCGGGCCUGAUUCUCGAAAACGGGCUACCUUGGAAGCUACUGGCAGCACGUCUAAGCGAGCAAGAAAUAUCAUCUGAAAGACGAUUAGUUCUCUAUCUUUAAUUUCCAACCACUUUAGCCUCAUAUACUUUCAAUAUGAGAAACUCAUGAUCUUCUUGAUUUUUUGUUUCAUCGUGAGAUUUUUUUUGGUUUGGCAGACUUGUCCCAUCUGGAAAAAGUAGCCGAGGAAAAUAAGAUCUUACAUUUAUUGUCGUCCAUUGUGUACAGACAUCUUGUUCUCCAAAUUAGGGCAUUUUUAGCCAGCUAAUAGUAGUAGUAAAUACAUAA